GUGUAAUCCUUCCUUACUCGUUAAGGUGUGUUGACAAGUUACGCGUGUCGUCUCCUGGUUUACAAUCGGAAUCGAAACACGCUUGAAUUCUCAGGAGACAACCGGUACAUCCGAUACACCGAUUCGAUUCAACUCUUCAAUUGGUUUAUAAUCCAAAUUAGGGCUUCAUUCAUCAUCACGUAGAAAUAAAUAUACCAAAUUAUAAUUAACUAUGGGAGGCGGAGGAGCGAUGAGGACUGCAGUGAAGGCGGCUGGGAUAACGCUGGGAAAUGUCGGCCUCCGAGGACUCACGCCAGAAAACUACCCGAUUUCAGCCGUUGCUCGAAUGGCUACAUCCGCUCCUCCAGUGACGUCGAUGGCCUCAUCGGCUGAGGACGUGAACGUUGUGGCUUUGUCACAGUCCGAGGUCGAUGUGCAGAGACGGUGCUGGGAGCUCGAUGACUGGGAGUUCGCCGGCGGUGAGGAGGAUCUGAUGGUGACGGCCGGCGAGUCUUUGCCUAGGGUUGUGUUUGGUGGCGUGCCGAGUCUUCAGGAAGCAAAAGAGGCAACUUCUCAACUCUCUGACGCUCUCGAAAAGGUGUAUUUAUCUUCGCCUGAGCCCGUUGCAUAUGACGGUUUGCUUAUAGAAGAUCAUCACCCAAGCUCAUUGGUGCUUUCAGACACACAAGUAUUGGAGAAUAAAGCCCUCGUUACCGACAGGUCUACACCAGUCUCCGGAGAGCUGAUGCAUGCUAUUCAGGCAUUUAGGCUUCUAAAUGAAAGCUCUAGAGUUCAGAAUGUUGUCGCUUCAAUUGUUCAUGACACAAAGGUGUGGAACGCAGUGUUAGAAAACCAAGAGCUUCAAGAGUUUCUCCAAUCACAUAAGAACAGUAAUAAUCUUCCGGAUCAAUCAACUCUAAACACAGUUGACACAUCAUCCGAUUCCGGGGAAUCCACUGAUGGGAGUAAGCCUAAAGAUGUUUUCAAGAAAAUCAAGGUAACAGUGGUAGAUAUGUUAAGCAGCUUGUCUGAUUACUUUCGGAAUUUCUUUGAAGUUGAUAAAGCAUCUGCGAAUUCUAAUGGAAGUGCGAGAUUAAACUCUUUAGACACGGCUUUGGAAGCAUCCUUCAUGGGAUUGGCUGUCAUGGCCAUAAUGGUAAUUUUGAUCAAAAGAGAUUAGUUAUCAUCCUCCUUUUGCAGUGUGUGCAUGAAUUUGUCGAAGCUUGUCAUUGUGAUGCAAAUACAAGUUGUACAAUACUAUACAAUCUUACUUGUUUGUUAUUGAAUUAUACAUUGGAUAUCAUAGUGAGAAGUCUCAAUGUAGCUCGUGUGUGUUUGUUGAUGUUGCUCUUUAAGCACAAGCUGAUGGCGCUACUUUCGUAAUUAACCACUUCGAGAAAUAUUUUUCGUCUGUGAUGUAAGCAUUCAAUAAUAUUCCAUGUCAGUAUCUCCUAAAUUGGCAAAGGAUUUCUUGAGCUCUUUCA